CUUCCCCACGAUUGCCGGUUCAACACAUCUGCGAUCCGUCAAGAUUGUCCCAAACGCGUCUUACUCCCUCAACUUUGACAAGUUUCUCCAAACAUGCCCGCGGGCAACAUCAACGACGAUUCUUUCUACCUUUACGACCUAAAAGUCGAGGUAGUAUGCCCCCCUGAGAAGAGGAUCCUAUGCGGCGCGAAGCCGGGCGACCACUUCACGCUUCAGGGCGAGAUGCUUUACUUGCCCCCUGGGCAAGGUAUUAGCAUAUACAGUCUGGCCGCCGUGCUUCCUCUCCUUGCCGCUAAGCAGAGAGUGACAGCUGCCAACGACUGGAUGACCACCGAUGCCCUCAUAGCAUGUCCAGAUCCACACUGUCCGUCGCAACUGCGAAUCAUCCGGCAGGGAGCUAGGAAGUUUUCCCAUGCCGAGACAACAGUAGUGUCCGUAGCUUAAUGUCUUAAUGUCAACGGGGAAGGAUAGUGAAAGAAUGGGGAAUCCAAAUUGACGGCGAAUGCUAUAUGGUGCACAACUAAAUCCCAGAGGUCCGUGAACUAGGGUAGGAAUGUAUCAUUCGUGGGAUCAAAUCCCGCGCUUGUAAAUAAUUCGAACCAAAUUUGAUUAUUCGCUUCCGG